AUGGAGCCUUCUCCUGCGCCUGACAACACACCCAAUAUCAACCCAGCGAAGAAUGCUUUGGCCGGGCCCAGGUCGCGACCGAUGUCAGAAGGAGGCUCACAAAGCCCAGCAUUAACCAACCAUCAGCCCCGAACUUCACCUCUCCUUGGCAACAAAUUCGAAUCGAUGUUUCGACCACUAUCAGGGUCGUUCGAGGGCAAGACGCCUGAGGUCACGCACAUCUCUGCAAGUGAUGAUGGAUGCUCUCCCGGACCAGGUAACGAGAAGCCCCACCGAUUUUCGCAGACCGUCCAGGACUUCCCCAAACAGCCAAAGAAGCUUUCAAUGUUACCAAAUCUACUUUAUUUCAUCCUCGAUAUCAGUUUGACGCUUAUGCCCCUUGUCUUUAUCGUGUACGGGAUUCUCGCGGCUCUUCUUGACGGUCGGCCUACUGGCUCGUAUUAUUUUACCUUUAAUGGUCACAAUUGGUCUGGUGACCUAUAUGGGCCUGCCAUGCUCAAGGUUCAGGUCUACAUUCCGACUUUUUUCCUCAUGGCUUUCGGCAUCGAGGUCGCUCGCCUGGUCAAGAUAUUUGCUUUGUGGCGCGCUCAACAGGGAACUCAUCUCGGCUUUCUCGAGCAAUUGAUGGGAAGUCGAUCACUCAGUGGUACUUUGUCUUCGAUGUGGGGCUUGAGAGUCAUCAACUGGAUGGGUGUCCUUCUCCUUAUCAUUUGGGCGCUUGGUCCUCUAGGCUCGCAAGCAGGAGCCAGGAUUAUCAGCGCCAACGGAACUGAUACCAACACGGCUCCGCUUUACUAUAUGAAUACGGACGCCAUUCCCGACGGUCUCCAAUCGAUCAAUAAUGACUUGCAGUAUUACACGUUCGCGGUCAACUCGCUAUACAGCACAUCGUUGCUGACACCAUCAUCCAUUGCCGCACCCCAAGAUCCGUGGACCAAUGUCAAGAUCCCCUCACUGGAAUACUUGGAGGAGAACCGUGGCUGUGACGAAUAUGGCUGGUGCUCAGUGGCCCUGGCCCGCAAACAUAUGAAGAACAAUCAAUCCUUGGUGACCGCAGGCACAUGGACAUCCCUGACCGGUCUUCCCGUCGUGGGUGGCCAGUUUGGCGUUGGGGUUCAGAACUUUACCAUGUCGGCAUCUUACUAUGUUUUUGAUUGUGAAAGUCUGAACCUAAUCAAUGUCAAUGAGAAUUUCACGUCUUCCAUCCCUGACCGGGAGAUAUAUGACACUGACAGCAACUCUUCCAUAUGGAACACUGGGUCUUCGCAAAACCCCAGCACCUUUUUUGUGGACACUACAACACCUCUUGCUGGCCUGGGUUCCUCUGAAGGAGACGCCAGAGUUCCUCAUGCUACUCUUCAACCUCGCACAAUUCUCUUCGGCUCUCAAGCUCCAGGUGGUACCACUUUGGCCAACUGCUCUGUUUACACUUCUUACGUUCUCGCUGAAGUAAAUUGCAACUUCACAGCCCCGCUCUGGAACAUCGAUCGGACGUCCUCUGGUCGUACAGCCGCAGGUGCCUGUUAUGUGGACAGACUGCGACGCGACCCAGCUCGCCCACAGUUAGAUCCUUACACUGCACUCGACGCAAACUACCGUAUCGCUCAGCGUAUGUUCGGCCAAUGGCCCCAAGCGACAGGCAUCGUCCCGGCAGGGUCUUCGUCUCCCACCGAACGCUUCAUCAACGACGUGAAUACCGAUUCGGUGACCACAAGCACUAAUUCAAUACUGGUGGCCACCGACUGGCUGGGAUACAACACCUCGGAUCAUGACAACGACGGCGGUGUAUCUCACGUCGACAUCUCCAGGCUCGAUCUCAAAACAUUUACGCAACGAUUUUCUCUCCUCUUCAACACCUUCUGGCAUGCGUUCUGUAAUCUCCAAGCCAUGACGCAGACAGAGAUCGGCUUGGGAUUCGGUGCCGAAUUUCCACCCAACGUCAUGAUGCGGAACACGACAGCCGCAGUGAGCAUUGCUGGACAGCAUUAUGUGAUCGAUUGGGUUUGGCUCGGUAUAUACAUGGCUUGCGCCAUCCUGGCAUUUUUGGCCGGACUUCUUGCUCUGGUCAUCGACUACUGCACCUUUGCACCUGAUGUUCUCGGUAGGGUGAGCAUGGUAGUCAAAGACAACCCGUUCACACCACUGCCGAAAGGUGGGUCAGCAUUGGACGGCCAUGAGUUUGCGCGCAAGGUGAUGAAUAUGCCGGUCAGAUUCAGUGAUGUAAGGGCGAACGAAUCUAUCGGACAAGUAGCACUCGUGAGCAUGGACAUGGAGGAUUCAGAGGGAAAGAUUGCCCCUUUGAAAAGAAAGAGGCCGUACCUGUAG